AUGCGGAUCCACUCUGUCUUUCACAAGAAACUCCUAGAACCAGCACCUCUAGAUGCCGAGCUAGCAACGGACAUAGAGCUCGAAGACGACGAGUACGAGGUCGAGGAAAUCAAGGACCUACGGAAAAUCAGUAAUCAGCCGAUGGUUCGGAUAGCGGUGGUUCGACAACAGGAAGGCCCGUACCAGGGGCAGAGUUCCCCUCAGCCUGCUCUUUCGCCCGAUCCUAAAGAUUCAAGAUGGCAAGAUCCCGAUCAGCAAACUCUUGCUCUCGUGCCUUGGUCUCUAGAAGCUCGCGACGAAGACGAGAAGUUUCUGCAGCCGCACGAGAGGCCUUAG